AGGCGGACGAAACACACACCUAGCAAACAAUAAUAAUAUUAUCGAACGCCGGCGUUUAAGACGAAUAUAUAUUGUGUGAUGAUUGAAAUAUAAAAACAACGCUUCUUCAAUCGUAUCGAUUUACUGCAGCAGAUCGUAAACCGACGCUUUCGGUUUUGUUGGAAUUACAACUAUUGGAUACAAUACUAUUAUCAAGUAAUAGGUUCGCCAGUUAAAAAUUUCAACAAAUAUGGUAUUAAGACCAGGACCAGUAGACUUUAAAGAAAAAUGGAAGGAAUUAGAACAGACUGUUCAUGGUAUCUUAAGACAAGACAAAAUUCCUAGGGAUGAAUGGUAUACACGCUUUAAUGACAUUUACGCUAUGUGUGGGGCCUAUCCAGAACCUCACCAUUAUGAACUUUAUGAUUCAACAAAGUCGUUACUAGAGAAACAUGUAAUUAAACUAUUGUCUAUUGUUCAAACUGAAAGUACUGAAAAUCUGUUACAAGAUUAUUAUACACAAUGGCAGAAUUAUAGAAAAAGUGUCAAUCAUUUAAAUUCACUGUACCAGUACUUUAAUAUGAUGAAUGUUUCAAAACAUAAUUUGCUUGAAUUAACUUGUCAACAACCUAAUCCAAACGAACCUCAACAUAUGAUGAUUGGAGAACUGGGAUUUGAUAUAUGGAAAUGCCAUAUGAUUGUACCACUAAAAGACAGUAUGCCCAAAAUAUUAUUGGAUGAGAUUGACAAACCAAGACAUAACAUAUCUAUGUCCACAACUUUGAGUAUUAUUGGUGGUAUUCUUAAUUCAUUUGUAGAAGUUGAGGAGUCCAAUAAACAUUCACUUAAAUUAUAUCAAAGUUAUUUUGAGAAACCUUUUUUGGAGAAAGCUAGUGAAUAUUUCAAAUUUGAAGCUUCAAAAUUGUUAAAAAAAUGCACAGUGUCUCAAUAUAUGGUUGAAGUAUUACAAAUAAUGAAAGAAGAAGGAUUUAGAUCAAAAACAUAUUUUCAUGAGAGCACUUAUAACAAAUUGCAAUUAAAGUGUCGUCAACAUAUGGUUAUUGAUUGUUUAAGUUUUUUAAGAGGAGAGUUUGAAGCAAUUAUUAAAGAAGAGCGAUUAGAUGACAUGCAAAAUAUUUAUUUAAUUUUACGAGAAGUUAAAGAAGAAUCUCUCUUAUUAGCUAAAAUUUUCAGAAAACAUGUACAACAACAUGGGAUUAAGGUCAUAAAAUCUUUAAAAAAAUAUCAAAUACAUGUACAUUUUGUUGAGGAGGUAUUGGAUUUACAUAAAAAAUAUAAAACUAUUGUCAUAGAAAAGUUCAACAAUGAUUUUUUAUUCAGUGAAGCUCUUGAUAGAGCUUUUUCAAUAAUCAUAAAUUAUAAACUAGUAGAAAAUCAACCAUCAAAGUCGCCAGAAUAUUUAUCAGAAUACUGUGAUAAUUUACUGAAAAAAUCGUAUAAAGGCAUAUCCGAGGCUGAAAUUGAUCACAAACUAUCACAGUCUAUUACAAUAUUUAAUUAUUUACAUGAUAAAGAUAUAUUCCACAGAAUCUAUCAAAGGAAUCUGGCCAAACGGUUAAUAUUUCAACUAACCCAGUCCAUAGACGAAGAAGAAGCAAUGAUCAACAAAUUGAAACAAGCUAGUGGUUACGAAUUUAUAAAUAAAUUACAUCGAAUGUUUACUGAUAUCAGAGUAUCAGAAGGACUAAAUACACAAUUUCAUAAUGAAUUCCUUAAAGAAAGCAAAUUAAAGAAAUUAGAUUUCUCUUUUUCUACUUAUGUAUUGCAAACUGGAGCUUGGCCUUUGACAUUAACAACUGAAUCAUCGUUUGUUAUUCCUAAACAACUAAUGGCUUGUGUAGAAAAUUUUGAACUGUUCUACAGUGAAAAAUUUAAUGGACGGAAAUUAACAUGGCUUCAUCAUCAAUCCCAAGGUGUAUUAAAAUUGAAUUAUCUACCAAAAAUGUAUAUUGUGACACUGCAGAUGUUUCAAAUGUCGAUCAUGUUACUAUUUGAAGAUUGUAAUACGUUGAAAUACUCUGAAAUUAACAAUAUACUUAAAUUAAACAAUGAUCAAUUUCAAAGACACAUCAAUAGCUUAAUAGAAUGUAAAUUAUUAAUGCUGGACGGCGAUAAUGUUACAUUGAACAUGGCAUUUACUAAUAAACGUACAAAAUUGCAUAUAACAUCAUCUGUCCAAAAAGACCCACCACAAGACAUUCAACAUACUAUUAAUUCUGUCAAAGAUGAUCGUAAAGUAUAUUUACAGGCUAAUAUUACUCGAAUAAUGAAAGUGCGCAAAACAUUGAAAUAUACUCAACUUGUGAAUGAGAUAUUUUCCCAACCAAAUACAUUUGCACCAUCCACUGUACUUAUAAAAAGAACCAUCGAAAUAUUAAUUGAUAAAGGAUAUCUAUCACGUACUCCAAAUGUAUCUGAUGAAUACAAUUAUGUUGCUUAGUAUGUUUUAAACAAAAAUAUUAAUUUACAGUGGAUUCCGCCUAAUGUGGGCACCAGUUAAU